AACUGUGAAGUUAGGUGGGUGGGGGGGGUCGACCACAGUCUCCCUCAUCCAUGGCUGCGGAGCGUUUCAGCGCAUCAACAAGAAAAGAAAACUUAAAGACUAUGUAUUUUAAAAGCGGAAACGCGGGUUUGCACUGAUUCGAGGACUUUGGAAGGUCGAAAAGGAACUUUUUCUUUCUGACAGGACUCGCUGAGGGGAAUCUCACCGCGGGCGCGAGCGCUCGGUCUUUCUGCGGACGCAGUGAAAUGAAUCAAAUUCUAUUGUGAUGUAAAAAUGAAGUCGGAAGCGAGCAAGGGCUGACAAACGGGGUUUAAAAGUGAGACCACAGCCUGGAAAACUGGUACACAAAAUCAAAUUUGCCUGCUCAUUUGCAAAUGUAAAUUUUUGAAAGGCUGGAAAAGUUGUAGUGACGUUUCUUCAUCUGUCUAGCAGGUAGGGAUGUAAGGUAGGUGCUAUAAACAGGAUUGUUAUGCUAUGCUACGAUCCCAAAUGAAGUAAUUCGAGGAAAUGACCUAUCACAUCGUUGAAGUUUUGACUGAGAAGAAACAUCCAGGACAUCAUUGGCCGUGUUCCUAGCGGAGUUUAUUGGUUGACUGAGUAACUAAGAGACGUCCUCGUCCAUUCUUUUCCCCAACAUUCCAGCGAUGGAUAAUAGUUUUCCAGGCAGCAGCAGUGCCGUGAUCCAAAAGGGAAAGUUCGUGUUCGUCGAGGCUCAGUUGCAGGGUGGAGCGCCCUGGGGUUUCACUCUCAAAGGUGGGCUUGAACACGACGAGCCGUUAAUCAUAUCGAAGGGGCCCCGUAGGAACAACAUGAGGGUAGAGGAGGGCGGGAAGGCAUCUCUGUUGCAGCACCCCCUGCAGGUGGGAGAUGAGGUGGUCAUAAUUAAUGAGGUGGAGUUGAGUGGAUGGAGGCAGGAGGCCAUAUCACUCGUUAAAGGAUCUUACAAAACACUGCGGCUCACAGUGCGGAGAGAGUGUUGUCCUGGUCCUUGCUGUUCUGGCCCGCGUCCUCUCAGUCCCUCCAGAGACAGCAGAUGCAGCGGAGGAGUGAAACUACGCAUCAAAAACAGACGGAGUGAGCCUGGAUCUCGACCUCAUUCCUGGCAUUCUACGAAGCUGGGCGAGGGCCCUCAGGACUCAGAAAGCAUGAUGCAAGUCACCCAGGGUGGUGUGGGAGCCCCCUGGCACCAGAGCUACCACUCCAGUGCCUCCACCACAGACCUAUCAGGAUUUGAGACGGGAUUCCUUAGGAAGAGCCCGGAUCAGUACAGUUCCCGGGGCAGCAUGGAGAGCCUAGACCACACUCACCCAGCCUAUAGCUCCUGCUAUCAACUAUCAUCAUCCAAAUCCUCCAGCAGCAUCGAUCACCUGCACAGCAAGCGGGAUUCUGCAUACAGUUCCUUCUCGACCAGCUCUAGUAUCCCAGAGUACCUUGCCGCGGCACCAUCGUUUAACAAGGAGAGGUCAUAUUCCAUGGAGAACGUUCCACAGAGAGAAGGGAUGCAACAGGCCGAUAUACGCUACAUACGCACCGUGUACGACCCCCAACAGGGUGUGUCUGAAGAGCAUGAGAUUACCUCUGCAGCAUUAAUGAGGACCAAUGACAGCAGAGCACAGUCUAGAAGUGGGAAUGUCUCGGGCAUGAUCUGUCAUCGUGGCAGCAGUAGUAGUGGAAGCAGUGGGAGCAGUGGAAGCACCACCAGCUCACAACGCCACAGUGUUGGGACAGUCUGGGAUCCAGCUCAAAACCGGCACUCCUAUGAGAACCUAAAGGGGGCGCCAGCUCCUCCAUUACGCAGCGACAGUUAUGCAGCAUUUCGCAACCAUGAGCGUCCCAACUCUUGGUCGAGUCUUGAGCAUGCUCGCUCACAGCGGGCACUUAACAAGGGUUCUUGGCAUCACUCAAGUGGUUCUGUGGCAACAGGAAAGUCAUCGUUUGGAGCUGAAGGUCAGUUGCACACUGUGAUUGAAAAAAGCCCUGAAAGUAGCCCCACCACCAAACCCAAACAAGGUUGUCCUCAGGCCGCACCUGGCCGCCUCAUGCUACCCACCAGCAUCUACCCUGUUCCACCACCCGAGCCACAUUUUGCACAAAUACCAACCAGCAACCCUAACUCUGGUAGUGUCUACCCAGCACUGGCCAAGGAGAGCAAGCAAAAUCAUCACUGUGACCACUUAGGUGGACCAGUGAAAGAGGACAGGGUCACCUUUGAAAAUGGAUACCAAAGCAAUUCUCCCAGCCCAAACCCAGUACAAACCUAUGUUUCAUCACAACCUAAGCUCUCCGAUAAAGUGCAAGAUGACACACAAGUUAAACCUGUUUUUUAUCGGCCUCAUUUGCAACCACAAGUGCAGAAGUCACAAACACCAUAUGUACCCCAGGAGAGGAGGGACCCUUACACCCCUGUGCAACCAAGAGGAGAGAGGCCAAGGUUUACUCUUGGUAUGGAAGUAUACGACAACUACAGGCCACCUCGAGAUGAAGAACAAAAUAAAUGCGAGCAAAACAUCCAUCCAGACCCACUUCACACUGGGAAAGUUGCACAGGGACAAGUUGCUCAAACGUACAGAGGAAACUUCGUCCAAACUCAAGGAAGUGACCACCUAGUCAAACCUCCAAGGCACCACAGUGACUCUAGUGCUCUUCAGCAGAGAGGUCAAGACUUUGAUCACCCCCUGACCAGACUGGAGAAUGCACUUGCUGAGGUUCAACGAGGCGUCAGUCCUGAGAGUACUGCUAGCCAAUGCAGUGUCCAGAGUGAGCGUAGCAUGUCUGUGCUGGAGAAAGUAAGUCAUUUUGAGAGACAGCAAGUCAAACCUCGUAGUCACAGCAGCCUCUCCUACUAUGGUUCUAUGGCUCGUCCGAGCCAAACACCAAGACCUUCCAGUGCCAAGAGCUCCUUCUCUGGUGUGGAGGAUGUACACAACAUGUUGGAGAGAAGCAACAGCUCAAUCCCUCAUGGGAGAACUCAGAGUACUUCUAGCAUGGCAAGCUAUGAUGGACACAUGGAAGCACAGCAGGAUUUCCAAACCAGACGUGGGAGUAGUGAUCUUAUCCAACAUCGCCAGCAAAAAGAGCCUGUUGUAAAGACCUGUCUUCAAAGAAGUAAGAGCACCUUUCAGCUUGGUGAGGGGAAUGGUAAAGACAUCCAGGGGAAAGGUGACAUUCAAGACAUCUUGGGCACCAUCCAAGACACAUCUUUUAACAGAGCAUAUAGAGACAGCAUUAAAGAUGCCCAGUCUAAGGUUCUCAGGUCAACUUCCUUCAGAAGACGGGACCUUAGUGUUAACCCUCCACCAGUGCCAGCCAAACACAUGUCCCUAGAACGAAAAGGACCAAGUACAAGUCCCAAACCAGCUACAACAUCUCCACAUACUCCAAAGGAACGCCAUGUUGUUCCUGUUGAAGCACCAAUUAGAACCUCUCCUCCUGAACUCCCUAGUGUCCCAGCUGUUGGACCCCCAGUUAUACGGAUCUGUGGACGCAAACGGUUCACAAUGGAGCAAAAGAAACGAUCAUAUUCCGAGCCUGAAAAUAUGCAUGAAGUUGGAGUGAUGACUCAGGAAAUCAGUCAGGCUGAGAGGAAUGUUCAACAGCAGUUUCUGGCGAGUGAGACGAGUGUUGCAGACCGACGCAGGAUGUUUGAGCAGGUGGCGAAUCGUAACACUGAGCCCAGAUUUUUCUCCUCCAGGCCUGAUUUGAAGCAAAUGCAGCAAGAUGCCUUAGUUGAGUACAUGGAGCGCAAAACAGGUAGAAGAGUAGACGGACGUCCAAACCGCCCACAUAGCGCUUAUCUACAGUCUGCUUCCUCUUCCGCUGACUUGCGGAGCCUCAACUCUACCCCAAGUAUGUGCUCUUUGCAAGAGCCGGGACACGAUGGCUUCUCUGGUGGUAUACGUAAAGCCUCUACCCUUCCAGCGGGAAUGCAAAGCUCCUUUUACCCUCUCAGGGGCAUGCAAAACCACACACGCCCUGAGUCACAAGGCACAAAUUCUGAAUCCCAUAAACCAGACCCAACCCUGACCAGAAACACCCUUCCACAGCACCUGGAGGCCAUUUUCGAGAGAGCCACAUCAGCUAGAAGCUCAGGGAGGUCAGCUUCAGCUGAGGAUUUGCUGGACCGUAGUGAAGAACGUCCCAUUCCCCAGCACUUCCGCUCCAAAUCAUCUCCAGUGGAGAACUUUAGUCAGGACUUCUUAGCCGGAGAGUUUCAGAUGUUUAAAGUUUCCUCCAAGGAAUCCUCCGAAAACAGGGUGUUGGCAAACAUGGGACAUAAACAGCCAUCAUGUUCAGCACGUACAGAAAGGAGUUACCAGCUAAACCAAGGUCCUGUCCAGCAAAACGCACCUGUGUUGAGGCGAGAGCGUCAGAGACAUUCAGACCGGCCAAGAGCGAUAAGCGCUUCUGGUCUAGCUGCGUCUGUGGGACUUCCUUGCCCUUUCACUUCACCAGGCACUUCCGCCAGCCUCGACUGGCAUAACGGAGACAGACUGUGUCAACCCAACCUGGAUUCUAUUGCUUUUCCCGAAACUGGCCCGCAAAGUCCGUCCAGAGCGCUGGGAAUGGUGCGGCAAAACUCCAGCGACACCAGCACUUCUGAAGACACCCUGAAGGACUUCCCGUGUCCGGUGGCCACUCCGUCACCUCCGCACCCAGAGGUCACGGGGUCACAACUUGCACGGUCAUCCGAUUCAAAGCCGCCCACCCUUCCCAAGAGCCCUGACUCCCCAGCAAAGCCACUCCUGUCUCUUCGAAUCUCGGAGUCUAAUCUUCAAGAUGUUCAUAGUAUAGCUGUGCUGCAAGAUGAUGAUGAAGUGUUUUUAGCUCAACUGCCACCGCCACCUUCACCUCCACCACCACCACCACCACCCAUCAGAGAGACAGAGAUUACAGAGGACUUCCCGCCUCCUCCGGAUGUGGGUCUGAUGGAAGCUUUGCAGCAUCCAGGACCAUUACAGCCCAUCAGCGAUAGUGAAAAUCUGGCCGAUACAUCAGUCCAUCCAGAACCUGUCCAACCAUCAAAUGACCACACGACUCCAUCGGUAACCCCUGACCCACAAUCCACCACUUCAUCUCAACCCCAGUCCCUAAGAGGCGCUCCUCUAGAGGAGGACACCUCUGAGAUACUGGGACCCGACUACCAUCUGCUGUCCAGAAGAGAGCGGACACACGGCGAGCUGCUUGUGGAGACUUUAGCCCGAGAGCUGGUGAGCCACGACAAAUCCCUCACCUUGCUCUUAGACACCUGGGCAGGUAAAACCACCCUCGAUCUGAUGGAGGACAUCUUCCCUUCACACUCCACAUCUCCACACAGGAGGAGCAGCAGCCAUUCGGGUCACAGUGCUCAAGAUGAUCAAUGUGCUCCAGAUACUCCCUCUCAGGCUGUUCCAAGAAAAAUGGAAACCAACCUGGACGAUGACGAAGCUUAUUUGAAUCAAAAGAAGGGGGAGCUGUUGCAAGCGCUGCACGCGUGCAUCCGAUCGCUGCAGGGGGAGAGAGAGGGUCUGUUGGAGCAGCAGAAGCGAUUCGGUGCUCUAGGCGGCAGCAUGGAAGCUUUAGUUCAGGAAUGCUGCAAACCCAACGAGAGAGAGAAGUACCGCAUGUUCGUGGGAGACCUGGAGAAGAUCGUGAACCUGCUGCUGUCGCUGAGCGCUCGACUCGCCCGCGUGGAAAACACACUCAGCUCGCUGGACGACGACGACGAGAGUGUAGAAGAGAAGGAAUCACUGCAGCUGAAGCGGAAGCAGUUGUGCAGUCAACAGGAAGACGCCCGUGAGCUGAAGGAAAACCUGGACCGGCGUGAGCGAGUGGUUCAGGAUAUUCUGGCCAGUUACUUGAGCCGCCCGCAGCUGCACGACUACCAGCGUUACAUCCGCAUCAAACCCGCCCUGCUGAUACGACAGCGCCACCUGGACGAGCUCAUACGCCAGGGGGAGGAGCAAGUGAGGCGGCUGGAGGAGACCCUCCCCCCUGAGUACCACCCAAAACACACUGACCCCACCCCCCAAACGCAACCUUGCUUUAACUCCACCCACCUGUCACGUCCCACCACUGUGACCUCACUCUGACUCCGCCCAUCAUAGAAUGAUGCCACUCACAGCUGAGGAGGAAUAUGACACUGACGAUAAGCAACGCACACAAACAAGUGCCUUAAAUGAAGGAAAUGGCGGAGUUGCACCUCAGACUUUUUCCGAAUGUGCCAUUGCACAUUUUGACGCAAAGUGCGGUUUUUGCCCAUGUGACAUCAUCUACACUGCACCACUAAAUAAAUGCGCAAUGCAUUUACACUACAUACUUAGCAUAUAGCACAACACUGAAGCACAAGGCACAGCACAAUGCUAAUUCAAUGGCACAAAACGCAUCAUUGUGAUUGGCUGAAACACGAAUAAUUUCCAGCCCUGUAACUUCUGAGCACUUUGGAACAGAUGAACCACUAUGAUGUCACAGAGAGAAGAAGAAACUAUUGAACACACACACACACACACACACACACACACUUACUGCCUUUUCUUUGAAAUUUCUGUUGUCAAUAAAUGCGACAGCUAAAUAUUUAUGAUUUUACGUUUAGAAACAAUUUUGUACUCUGUACGUUGCUGUACAUACUCCGAGCAAUCCCCUCGUGAUUUUAAAAUGUAGAUGGUUUAAAAACAGAAUAGAUAACGUAUUUUUGUAAGCAAAUUACUAGCGAGGGUGUUUUUGUGGCUUUUGGGCGUUUAUGGUCCGCUUUAAGAGGUGCUAUUAUCUAAAUCAUGACAAUUACUACCAGAAAAAAUAAUGACGGUUCACUGGCACUUGAACACAAUAUCAGUACUUGGUUUCAAUAGCGAAAAGUCCGUUAAAACUGAUAUUGAAUGAAUAUUAUUCACUCGGCUGCAUGCAGGGUUUUAUAUUUCCUGGUUUGAUCGCAAUGCAAAUGCCCAAGUUAUUUUGCCAAUAGUAUAUUUUAUUUUAUUUUAAUUUGUGGCUGUUUUUUAUUUGGAGAACAUCUUUACUCACGAAGUAUCAUACCCCAUACAGCUGUAUCUAAACACGGAAGUCGCAAUAGCAGCAAACUAGAUGCUCAUAAUGGAAGCGUUUAUAUUGGACUGUUCUUGUAUAAGAGCUGUUGUGAUCUGAUACACAUGCAAUGUUUUUGUUUUCCGAUGGGCCUAAUCUGAAGAGAAGGUUCAGCCAUGCUUUACACUGUUUAAAAGCAAAAAAAGAGCACAAUUGGAAGGCAAAAUAAAUCUAUUUUUUAAAUACA